CUCGACCUCUACGAUAACAUACGGUAUGUUAAUAUUUCUCCCUAUUAGCUUAGCUUGUGAUGAUAACAACCACUAUGUAUUUAACUAUUCAUCUUGUUUAGAGAUCAAAAUAAUUUGUGUUUUUAUAUGUAGAUCUUAAAAUUCAUGAAUUUUAAGUUUCAUAGUAAAAGAACAAAAAAAAUAAGGAUACAGACGUGUUUGAUAAGUAUACUUUUAUCAUUUAAUAUUUUGAUUGUUGGUAUUUUGUUCAAUAAGAUUAGAUUUUGGUUACUUUUUGAAUAUUAGAUAUUUGUUCAAUAAGAUUAUAUCAACUCAUUUGUUAAGGAACUAGAAUAUGAAUUAAGCUGUUUUAUUUGUUGUGGUUGGUGUAGCCGUGUAGAUUCUCUUGCAUCUUUUAGUAGAGGUUUCAUUACUUGUAUUAUAUUUCUCUACAAUAAUAUAAUGUAAUGGAUUGAAAAGUUGGACAAGUAAGGCAAAGAAUUGCCUGGUCGGAGAGGCCACUGUCCUAAGAGUAAUGCUAAACCUUAACUCAUUGCCUUGCGGCUUGAACCUUUCUUAAGCAACCUCACCGCUUCAACAUUUGAUUUGACUUAGUAUAUACUUAUAAACCCUGGUUCAAGAACCUCCCAGCCAAAUCCAUAUUUGAGGAAUCUUAAACCUUAUUUCCAUUAUGGGAAGAUCACCAAUGAUUCCCAUGGCUGUUCUUAUUUACGUUUCUCUACUGUUCUCUGUUUCUUAUUCCUCCACGUUCGUCCUUACAAAUAACUGUCCCUUUACUAUCUGGCCCGGUACUCUUGCAGGCUCUGGCACCCCUCCACUACCCACAACAGGAUUCAAACUUGAUGUGGGACAGUCCGUUAGUAUCCCCUCUGUUGUAGGCUGGUCAGGUCGAAUAUGGGCUAGAACCGGCUGCAACUUCGAUGCAAACGGUACAGGAAAAUGCACUACCGGUGACUGCGGCGGGAAGCUGGAGUGUUCCGGCAGUGGUGCUGCUCCUCCGACGUCACUUUUCGAGAUCACGCUCGGUCGCAGUUCUGGCGACAAAGAUUUCUACGAUGUUAGUCUAGUUGAUGGGUAUAACCUCCCCAUAGUUGCUUUCCCGAGAGGUGGUGGACUAGUUGGAGCUUGUAAUGCCACAGGAUGUGUUGCUGAUGUUAACAUUAACUGUCCAAAGGAGCUUCAGGUGAUGGGAGAAGGAGAGGGAGAGGAAGAGAGAGGAGGGGUUGUUGCUUGCAAGAGCGCUUGUGAGGCGUUUGGUUUGGACCAAUACUGUUGCAGCGGUCAGUUUGCUAACCCAACCACAUGCAAGCCGUCUUCUUACUCUACCGUCUUCAAGAGAGCUUGUCCUAGAGCAUAUAGCUAUGCCUUUGAUGAUGGGACCAGUACUUUCACUUGUCAAGCUUCUGAAUAUGUCAUUAUUUUCUGCCCUGGCAGGGUAAAAAGACCAAACAGCCAAAACUCGGAUCCACCUAGCCCGCCUCAGAAUCCAUAUGACCAACAACCUGUGGCUCCACCAACUCAGAACCCUUAUGGUCAACCUAUGGCUCCACCAACUCAGAAUCCAUUAGAUCAACCUGUGGCUCCUCCUAUUCAAAAUCCUUAUGGUCAACCUAUGGCUCCACCAACUCAGAGUCCAUUAGAUCAACCUAUGGCCCCACCAACUCAGAAUCCAUUAGAUCAACCUGUGGCUCCUGUGACUCAGAACUUGCCUGGACCAAGUCAGAAUCCGAACGGGGAAUCAAUAACUCCCCCACCUCAGAAUGGGCAGUUCAUGAUGCCUCCUCCCAGUGUAAACCAAGAUCCAGAUGACCACUUUAUAGACCCUCCAAUGGAGGAUGAGAAUCAAAGAGCUGAAACUGGGAAGGUUGGUAAGACUCAUUCCUCGUCUGACAUUCUUCGACCGUACCCUGUUUUGUUGCUUCUUGGUCUCGGUCUAACUACUUUGAAGCAAUCGUGCCUGACAUGAAAACAUCACUGUUCUUAACGUUUUAAUGAGAUUUGAUUCAUAACUGUGUUGAAGGAAGCUAAACAAACCAUGUUUCUUCUCUUCCCACAGAUUACCUUGAAUUGGAUUUACAACUUAUAAAUUUAAAAGUACACUCUAUUCCAUGUAUAUGAUGUUGUCUCAACUAAAUAAUGAAGAUGAUACGUUUUAAAAAAGAAAGAGAGAAAUCAAAAUCGCUACAAUAAAGUAAGGUAAGCAACGUUGCAGAAAACAAGCUGACUUUCCAUCAUUGGUUCGAGGUUCAGCAGCGUUAGUCUCAGUCAGCAACUUGCCCAAUACUCUGUUUUUCUAGUUUCACAACUCAAAUGCUCUGUUUUAAAAUAACUCUCAGAAGGAUGUC